AUGACUUCAACAUUUGAUGACUUCCUGCUAGUUAUACGAACAUACGGGGCUCGUGAAACGUGGCUCAAAGACAAUCCUCAACUACUAAAUCACGUCUCCAUUUCCGGGUAUGGCAAUGAAUUUAGAAAUCGAGAACAAAUCAGAGGAGGUGGAGUUGGAGCGUAUAUCAAAGAAACUGUGAAAUAUAAAUGGCGCAAGGACAUCGAAUCCAAAUUUAGAACAUUUAUGGCUGGAAAUCCAAGGACGGAACAAACAUAGUCAUCUAUUAUUGGGUACAAUUUAUAGAUCUACUCGAAUAUUGGAUACUCAGCAAUGGCUAGAACAGAUGGAGAACAUGCUGUUGGAACAUCAUGUGAUGUUUACAACAUCAUGGGAUGGCUUGCUGAUCCUUACAGGCGACAUUAACAUUAACUUUCUAAAUUCUGACGCACCUUUGACGAAACAAUAUCUGGACUUAUUAUCAACGUUCGACCUAACACAGCAUGUUAAGAAAGCUACGAGAAUCACACAGACCAGUACAACUCUCAUUGAUCACAUCAUAUCGAACAACUCCAAGUGUAUUACACUCACGGAUGUACUACCGUGCUCAAGUGUCAGUGAUCAUGAUGCACCUUAUGCCUGCAUAAACAUUCGUAUAGAACGUUUCCAACCGCGUUUUAAGUACAUUCGAAGCGAACGUAAUUUUAAGAAGAGUGAAUACAUUCAGGACUUUGAUCACUCCCAUUUAACAUCAUCUAUGCAAUCGAAGAUCCUGAUGAGAAACUGGACAUAUUUAACAAACUCGUUGGCGACUGUAUUGAGCGUCACGCUCCUCUGAAACGUACGAAGAUCACCCGCCCUCCUGUGCCAUGGUUACAUGAUGAUAACAUCCGAGAUCUUCAAAAACAAAGAGAUUCGUUGCGCCACGAAGCCCACACACUCAACACAACUGAUGUCUGGCAAGCUUUCCGUGAUGUACGCAACCGGUUGAAGACGAAAAUCAAAGAAGCAAAGAAGUCGUUUGUCAACAAGGCUUUUUCAAGCUCCAAAUCGAAAGAAAUCUGGCGUGUUAUACAUCGCGUCCUAAAUCCAUCACCACAACCUCUGAGAGUUGACGUUGACGAUUUAAACAAAUUCUUCGCAACUACAGCCCAGCGCACGACAGGAAAUACUGAAACCGACGUCAAAGAAGACCUGCUCAGUUUUGUUGAUACACUACAACCAAACGUUAGUGAUGAUGCAGCAUUUCCUUUACGACCAGUUACGUUGAAUGAGGUUCUGCGUGAAACCAAAGGCAUCAGAUCCGAUACAUCUACCGGGCCAGACCAACUACCUGCAAAGUAUCUCAAGAUUGUUGCGCAGCUCAUCGCUGGUCCACUAACUCACAUCAUCAACUCCUUUGUAGCUGUAUCGUCAUUUCCUGAUGCUUGGAAAGUCGCUAGGAUCACUCCAAUACCUAAGAGUAAUAACUUUAAUUUGAACAGUAAUAUGCGUCCCAUAUCAAUACUGCCAGUUCUUUUGAAGGUAUUUGAAAGGCUUACACACUAUCAAUUGGUUGAGCACAUUGACUCCCAAAAGCUGUUGAAAGAAAACAUAUCCGGCUUUAGGAAAGGUCAUUCAACUACCACAGUUCUGCUAGAUAUUAGAAACGACAUACUUCAUGCAAUGAAGCGUGGGGAAGUUACACUCAUGGUCCUAGCUGACUUUUCGAAAGCCUUUGACACCAUUAAAUACAAAACUGUGUUAACGAAACUCAAUCAAUUAGGUUUCUCAAAUGAAUAUCUUAAAUGGUCGGUGAAUUACCUAACUGGAAGACGGCAUUUCGUCCAAAUUGACGACAAAACAUCCGGCUUGUGUCCAGUCAACUUCGGCGUUCCCCAGGGGUCUAUAUUAGGGCCAUUAAUCUCUAAUCUAUAUGUUGCUGACCUUCAAUCGUACAUCAAAGACAAAUGUCAUCAAUACGCCGACGACACAACCCUUUACACUCAUUGCAAACCCGAGAGUCUCCAAGAUGCGGUAGCUGAUAUACAGUCAAGUGUUCGCAAGUUGGAAGAAUGGUCGAGUGAAGCCAACCUGGUCAUCAAUCCAUCAAAGAAAACAGUCAUGAUGCUGUCCACUGCACAACUGGCUUCCUCCCAUUCUCUGAAUGAUGCCUCCAUCAAUAUCGAAAUCAAUGGCACACACGUAGAGCGAGUUAAAUCUACAAAGUUACUAGGGUCUUACAUUCACGAACACCUUAAAUGGGAAGAGAAUGUUAAAAACAUCGCCUCAUCCUGUUACUCCACCCUUGCCACGCUCAGAAACUAAAAAACAGUUUACCAUUCAAAAUCUGUAAGAACUUAGUACAGGCUCUUGUCUUAUCUAAACUAUACUAUAACGACGUAAUUUACCAUUCACUGCCAGAGUACUUACAGAAACGCCUACAAAGGGUACAGAAAGCAGCAGCUAGUUUCGUGUUAGGUAAAUUCGCUAGACCAGCGGACGUAUUAUCGUUAAACUGGUUGCCUAUCAAGGAACAACGUGAAUGGAACGUUCUAAAAUUAAGUUACAAAGCGCUUUACGAUGAAAAUUGGUCAAGUUACCAAAAGCUACAAUUGGUUCAACAUUCUUCGAGUUCUGAGAUCAAGCAAAGGCUCUCAGCUUCAAGUCCCUUUAAUUAAGAACACAUUACAGGACCAAUCAGCACUUCUUUUUAACCAAUUACCAGAAGAAAUUAGGAACUGCAGAGACUACAGGGUAUUCUACAAUGAGACCAAAAAUUUCUUAGUCUUGAAAGCAUGGUCAAGACUUGGAUAAUCUUAGUAAGAAAUAUUUAAAUGUAUAUAGUUUCGUAAAGUUUUGUUCUAACUUAGUUAAUUUCGUAAUUUUGUAAGUAAUAUUUUGUCCUGUCGAACACGUUAUAUAUUCAAAGUUAUAUUGCAGUAAUGUUCGUAAAAUAGUUUAUAGACUUUAUGAAUACUUUAUAAUUUAUAUAAUUUGGUAAGUGAAGAGCCACUCUGUGGAUAUAUUACCAAUAAAUCAUUAUUAUUAUUAUUAUUAUUAAAUCAAAACAUCUCGCUAUUUCGUUGCAAUUCCACAUCUCAUCAAUAAAUAAAUUCUUUUGGUCUAAGUAUCAGGAUAGACAUUAAUACUAAAUAAAUAACAGAGGUAUACAGAUUUUCUUGUAAGUUUAAAAUAAUAUUGCCACACUGCACAAGUGGCAAGUGUGCUUUCUUUGGCAAGUCUAUGAGUUGAAUAUUGAAAUCUGAUCCAACUUGCUUGAAUUGUAACUUGACACCAGAUUAUAGAGUAGAAUGUCACGAUAUAAAUAUUAAGAGUUCUAUUUACGGUUUCUUGUUGCAAAUUUACAGUAAAUUUAUUCAUCCAAAGUUGCAAUUUUAAAACGCUACAAACACGCUCCUUUCUCACCCCUCUCAGAGUUACAAUUAAAUUUACCUCACAGCAUCUGGGAGACAUGUGACCAGCUGCAGCCAGGGUCUCUCCCAGAUGACAGAAGGAGAGACCCUGGGAACGAGGUUGUGUGUGUUCUUUUAUGCCUGACUAAAAGAACUUCCAGUUGAAAAUCUUUUACUAUUACAAACAUCGCAUUCAAAAGGUUGGUCUUUUAUUCCUGAAUUAACAAAUGAAUACUGUAUUUAAAAAGCUUCAAAACAAGUCAAUCAAUUUCAAAGAAUGCCAAAUCAGUUCAGCACUAAUUUCAUUUCCAAAACAGCAUUCAUUAGGCUAUAUAAAAUAAAUUCCUUGAUACUCAUCACAGCCCGAUGGUAUUUGAACUUCCACAUUAAUAUAUUUUUGUAUUUUGUUAUAAAAUAUAAAUGUACUGCCUCAACCAAGCACCUAGAGAUUUAUUUAUUUUUUAUGUUUGAACUUUUGUGAUAAAAUUGUUUUAUCGCCAUGGGCUUAUUACAACAAUUUGUGUAGACCCUUGUGUAUGUUCAUUAAUGCAUGUGCAAUUCUUCACUCAGUAUAGCAGCAUUCUUCUAUUCUUGGCUUUCACUAUGGCGUUUUGCAAUGAAUCUGACGGUCGUCAACUUCAAAUGUAUUGAUGCUUAUGCCAUACUGGAGUGAAAAAUUGAUAUGAAAUUCUAUGUAUUUACCACCAAACAUAAGGCUAAUACAUAAAAUGAACAAUCAACUCACUCUGUUACCUGUAUUUUGUAUUAGAGUUGACCCCUCCCCCUCCCAUCACUUUUGUGUUGUCAUAUAAAACCCAAGAAUAAUCAGCUUGAUCUUUUCACAAAAUUAAGGUUGUCUUAAUUGUAAAAAUCGUUCAAAUUAAGACAUUGCCUUAAUUUGAACCCUAACCCCCACCCAACCCCCUAAUCUUAAUCUCACGCUAAUCUAAAACUGAUGACCUUUUUCUUUCUUUUAAAUCUAAAUAUGACGACUUUUUUUUAAAUAUUCCCAUAGUAAUUUAUCUCAAAUAACGGUCUAUUUCUUGUUCUAGAAGGAACCUGGACGUCGCAGGUGCUUAAUUAUCAAAGGGGAAAGACAAACAGUUUACCUAGAUUAACACGAAGGAGAAUAAGCAUGGGGGGUCUCCCCCAGAAAAUUUUCAGAUUUUGCAUCUCGCACAACAGAAUUUUCAGCAUAUUUUGAAGUGCAUUUCCUUGGAAAAUGCCGUAUUUUUAGGAUUUUUUAGAAAUAUUAAGCCGUUUCCUUCACAUUUCCUUCAAUAUUUCUUUCAAUCUUCCAAAAUGUCCUUCAAAUUUCCUUCAGAUUCGAAUUUCCUUAUAAUUUUCUUGGACUAGAAUUGACUACAAUUUUGUGCAAAAAUUUUUGAGACUUCUAGAUUUCUCCCCGAAAAACAAUGUUGUUGUCACGAUACCAGCACAUAUGGUUCGCUGAAAAGUUUUACUCAACAUUGUCAAUGGGGGGAGGGGUAAAUAGUCAAUGGAAAAUUGAAGUAUACGGGUAUAGAUAUGUCAAGAUAGAAAAAAUGUUCAAAACACAUAAUGUCUCAUUAUUUUUGCUCCUGAUUGUCUGUGCCCUCUAGGGUAUAAUAAGGCGAUCUACAUUCAAUAGAUUUUGUCAAAAAGCUAUGAAUGGCAUUAAAAAAUGAUUAAUUACUAUUAUACGAGUCUGACGUUUUAAUUAGCAAAAAUACCAUCUUGAAGUUUGUUUACAUGUGGUUAAUUUGAAUUCUUCGUAUUGUAAUAUUAUUCUUGUACAAAAUGGUGGGGAGAUGUUUUUAUUAAGGCCUUUGGAGCUGUUGUUCAACACGUUCAGUAACCCAGCAUCUACAAAUAUGCAUGGGUGGGAGCUGAUAACGCCAAAGUUAUUUGGCUCAACAACUUUAGAUGGUCAAGACAGCUGA